GUUGAUAAAUUAUGUUAUUUGCAUUGCGAGGUGCAUUACAAUGACGUGACGUCAUUGCUUAAUCAACUGAUUGGGAAUGACGUCAACGAUAUUUCACAGUUGUAAGAAAUUAUAUAGGUUUUUAAUUUGAAGUCACUAUAUAUUUUACAGUUAAAGAACUAAAUAUUUGGAUUCAUCAGCGUGUUGUGUAAUUGGUAUUUUAUGUGCACGCCGACUUUGCAUUUGUAAAACACCGCCAGCCAAUGUCCGUGCACGAUGAAAACGAAACUGGUUUCGGUGUACACCUGAACCAGAAAAUCAACCUUGAAAUCGAUUACGACCAUGUAGACAACGACAACAUCCCCUUCACCAUCGUCUACUGCAUUUUCAUCCUGCUCAUCAUCGUCGGCAACAGCAUGAUUCUCAUUGUGAUCAUCUGGAGGAGAGAACUGAGGACUCCCAGAAACGUGUACAUCGUGUCCCUCAUCACAUCAGAUUUGAUGGUGGCUUCCAUUGUCAUCCCUCUCGCCAUCUUAACGCAGUAUAAACAAUUCCAGGAAUCUUCCUUCGUCUGCAAGAUUACCAUGUUUCUCAAAUACGUCACCGUCACCGCCAACCUGUACUGCAUCGUCGCCAUAGCAACGGAUCGUCACCAAGUGAUCAUGAGUAUCUUCAAGGCGAGACUGCAGAAAUCGCGAUCGACUCUGUUCGUGUUCUUCGUCUGGAUGUUUGCGGCUCUUUACAGUCUUCGGCCGGGCUUCACGUACGGCCUGACGCACCACGAGGAUAAGGUCAUAGACCAGCACAUGCACAUGAACCACUCCCUGGACAGCGUGGAACGCGUGCACGUGCAGAACGAGACGGACUUCGUGAAUCACACGAUAUGCGGGCUGGAGCUCGAGCGGUUCCGCCACCUCUUCAUCAUCCUCGACUUCCUCAUCAUCUGUCUUCUCCCGCUCCUUAUCAUCAGCGUCCUGUACAUCCGGGUGAUCGCGUGGCUCGUUCUGCAGAGGCAGAGAAACUACGCGGUCUCGAGGACGAAGAACCACAACGUAAAGCUCAUCCAGAUGGUGCUGGUGAUUGUGGUCACCUACACUGUCUGCCAGCUGCCCUCACACGUGUUCCAGAUGUACGUCUACUUCGGGCCCGGCGUCGACAACGACGCAGAGUUCAUCUACGACGUCCUCACCAUCUUCACCUACUUGAACAGCGUCCUCAACGUCUGCAUCUACUCUUUGUUCGACCCUCGGAUUUACCGUUUCGUCAAGAUGGCCUUCUGCUGUGAUCGCACGAUCUUAGUUCAAGACAUCGCCAGCACCUCAUAGUUUCCCAUGUCACCGCGUAUCGGCCGCUCGGCGACGAAUGGAAGGACGCCUCCAAACUGGUAUUUUUGAAAGUAAACUGUUUUUAGCAGACAGGGAAACAUGGUAUCUGUCAUGGAUGAAAGAGUUGGCUCGAGUCAGAACCUUUGCGCCCAUGGCAGGCGUGUGUUACAACAGCUUGUUGUGAACGUGAACGUAAAGCACUAAUUCACUCACUUUCUCAACCAUGGUGUAAAAUGUGUUUAGGAAGUUCGCAGGAAAGGUACAGGCUCAUACAGAUUGAUAUAGAUAUAUACCUGAUGUGAUGAGGGACAUGAUGUAGAUAUUGACCUGAUGUGAUAAUGCGAUGUAGAUAUUGACCUGAUGUGAUGAGGGACACGAUGUAGAUAUUGAUCUGAUGAGAUGAGACACACGAUGUAGAUAUUGACCUGAUGUGAUGAGGGACACGAUGUAGAUAUUGACCUGAUGUGAUGAGGGACACGAUGUAGAUAUUGACCUGAUGUGAUAAGGGAAAAGAUAUAGAUAUUGACCUCAUGUGAUGAGGGAUACGAUGUAGAUAUUGACCUGAUGUGAUGAGGGACACAAUGUAGAUAUUGACCUGAUGUGAGAAGGGAAAAGAUGUAGAUAUUCACCUGAUGUGAUAAGGGACACGAUGUAGAUAUUGACUUGAUGAGAUGAGGGACACGAUGCAGAUAUUGACUUGAUGUGAUGACGGACACGAUGUAGAUGCCAAAACGUCCUGCACAUAAUGUGGUUUUGAUAACAAAUUUAUGAAAUAUGGGAAGCCAAAUGCCGUCCGAACAUCUGGUCUUCGCAUUAAGCAGUUUUUAUCAGUUUCCAACAUUGAUUUAAUGGACAAUUCCCUGUUUCAAAAGCCCUCACUCUGUUUGUCCGAGACAGUGGAAGAUAGGCCACAGGAGGACCAGGUAAUGGCUUUGAUCUGUAAUGUUUGCAAGUAUUGCAAAACUUAAUGAUGGAUUUCACUCGACUUCUUAACGUUUCUACCCAGUAUGUUUCUCUCACUAUUACCAUGGUCAUAGCAACUCCACCGUGUAGCGUGAUAGCUUGAGUAUUCAGUAUAAUCAUAUUCGUCAACUGAUGAUCAGUAGGAAGAUAAAUUGGAUACUCUCCAAUGAUACGUCCUCUGCAUCGAAACAUUCCAUUUACAUCCUCUUGAAGCUGAAGUUGCUUUGCAGUCUCAGUAUAUGUUUCAUGUAAAGUUGCAUCCUUUUGUGCGAACUUUAUCCAAAGUAAUUCAGCAUUCUGAAUAUCCUGUGGUGUUAAUAUUUCUCUUAAUUUCGGUUUUCAUGGAAGGUAAUUAACAAACCUUAGGAUCCAUCCAGUUACUAGUAAACGUUUCCAGAAGGAAAACGUUUCCAGUAGAUUAUUGAAAGUGUUUUGAGUUUCUUUCAGUGCUGUCGUGUGCAGUUCUUUUGUCAGCUUAGCCUCUUCAUCAGUUUCCUCACUUCUACUGAUAAGCAUUUCGAGUGGCCAACUCUCAUUGUGAAAUAACCACGAAGGUUCAUUAAACCAGAGCAUAGAUAUUUGAUUUUCUUUAGCACCUCGACUUCCAAUAUCUCCAGGAUUUUCAGAAGUAGGGCGGAGUUUCCAAGUUAUACAACUAUACUGAUUGAUCUUUUCCACCCAGUUAGACACAAAUUGUUUUGACUGACCAUGGCGAUUGUUAAUCCGGUAGAGUGCUACUGCAAUAUCCAGUUAUGCAUAUUUAUUAAUUAUCGUGUAGCCCUCCAUAGCCAUUUUCACAUUCUACAUUAGGUUAACCAACAUGUGACCAGAUUUAAGUUCCAACCUUGGUAUAGAAAUACCUCUCUUAGAUAUUCUUCACUUGGCUGUUAGUGAACCGUGACUAAGCUGAUUGCCUUGAUAAACAACUGCGUAAGCAACGCAGCUGCAUCCCAAUUUACUAGCAUCUCCAUAGCCAUGAAGUUCAAUUCCUGUUACUUUGGUAUAUGUGGUUGGUAUGCUCCUAGGUACAGAGUUGUUCAGGAAGAUACCCAAGCCAUUUCUUCCACAAACUUUCCAUUUCUAUUGACAAAAGUUUAUCACAUGAAUUACUGUUGUCACAAGCCAGACGACAAAGAGUUUAUCUUCUAGCAGAAUUGGUGAGGCAAAAUCUAGUGGAUCAUACACCUUUGCCAAAGCACGUAGCAUACCUGUUUUAGUUUACUCAGUGGUCGCUUUGCAUUCAGAGAAAUCAACUGCUAGAGUCCUCAAGUUUAUCCCAUUUCAUUCCAAGUAUCAUAGUAUCAGCUGAAUCUACCUCUAGACUUUCUUCAGCGUAGGUUUGCUCAAUAUCACACUUUGCAAUUGAUUGCAGGGGUUCUAGAUUAUGGUAGCCCCACUCCCAUGACAAGUGAUAUUCAAUGUUGGGUUAGCAAAUAACUGCUAUUGCCAUGCCCGAUGGCUAAUGCAUUUUUUUGUCAAAUGUUGCAGUUAAGUCUAU